AUUUACGCGCCGAUGCACUGCUCGCGAUUGUUUCGCUUUUCGUAAGUUUCUCCCCGGUGACAGUUCCUCGAUCGGUGAUCUUUUUUCUUCGUACUUAUUCAUCGUAUCUUCUUUAGUGGCGAUGGGUGGAAUAUUCGCGUAUAUCAAUUAUUUGACACCAAAGAGCAGAAAGGAAAUUCUCGAGUUCCUGGUUGGUGGUUUAAAGAGAUUGGAAUAUCGAGGCUAUGAUUCAGCAGGUGUUGCACUUGACAGCGCCGAUGGCAAGGAUACCUCGAUUAUUAAAAAGCAAGGAAAGGUCAAGGCUCUCGAAGAAGAGAUCUUUUGUAAUUCUAAUAUUGAUUUCGACUCAAAGAUUCAUAGUCACGUUGGUAUUGCACAUACUCGUUGGGCGACUCAUGGUGUCCCAUCGGAAGUGAAUUCGCAUCCUCAAAGAUCAGACAGUGAUCAUGCUUUUGUGGUUGUACACAAUGGUAUCGUGACAAACUAUAAGGAAGUGAAGACAUUACUCCAGCAAAGGGGUUACAGUUUCGAGAGUGAAACCGACACGGAAGUAAUCGCCAAACUCAUUCACCAUCUCUGGGUGCAGCAUCCUGGUUACUCGUUUCGCGAACUAGUCGAGCAAGUUGUUCAACAAUUAGAAGGUGCAUUUGCUCUAUGCUUCAAGAGCAAAUAUUUUCCAGGCGAAUGUGUGGCAACGAGAAGAGGAUCACCACUUCUCGUGGGUAUUAAAACAAAAACAAGAUUGGCCACCGAUCAUGUACCCAUCCUAUAUGGAAAAGAUGAAUCUCCACGCGUAAGCAAAGAAGGUGAAGCGCCCACUCAAGAUCAUCGUCCGCAUGGCCGAAAUACUGAACUUCCGGUGAUACCACGCAGCGAGAGCACUUCUGAAUUUCAACCAUUGGAGGAUAAAGAAGUCGAAUAUUUCUUUGCUUCCGAUGCCAGUGCUGUGAUCGAACAUACAAAUCGUGUUAUAUUUCUGGAAGAUGAUGACGUAGCUGCGGUGAAAGAAGGUGCUCUUAGCAUUCAUCGACUCCGUCGAUGCAUGGAUGAUCCUCAUGCGAGAGAAAUUACCACAUUGAAGAUGGAAAUUCAACAGAUCAUGAAGGGUAAUUAUCAAUAUUUCAUGCAGAAGGAAAUCUUCGAGCAACCUGAAUCAGUGGUAAACACUAUGAGAGGACGUUUGAAUUUCCAGGAUAAUUCUGUCACGUUGGGAGGUAUUAAAGAUUACAUUCCUGAAAUCAAAAGAUGUAGACGAUUGAUGCUUAUUGGCUGUGGAACAAGCUAUCAUUCUGCUAUUGCUACUAGACAACUUUUGGAAGAAUUAACUGAAUUGCCAGUUAUGGUUGAAUUAGCUUCCGAUUUUCUAGACAGAAACACGCCAGUAUUUAGAGAUGAUGUUUGUUUCUUCAUCUCACAAUCAGGUGAAACGGCAGAUACGCUAAUGGCUUUGCGAUAUUGCAAAGGACGUGGAGCUUUAAUAGUUGGUAUUACCAAUACUGUAGGCAGUAGUAUUUGUCGUGAAUCACAUUGCGGUGUUCAUAUAAAUGCUGGUCCUGAGAUUGGUGUUGCCAGCACCAAAGCUUAUACCUCUCAAUUUAUUUCUCUUGUAAUGUUUGCUUUGGUUAUGAGUGAGGACAGAAUUUCUCUUGGUAACAGACGUCAACAGAUUAUCGAAGGAUUGAAGAAUUUGGAUAAUCUUAUUCGUAAAGUUCUGAAACUUGAUAGUAAAGUCAAAGAAUUAGCAAAAUCUUUAUUCCAACAUAAAUCCUUGCUGAUUAUGGGUAGAGGAUAUAAUUUUGCGACAUGCAUGGAGGGUGCUCUGAAAGUUAAGGAAUUGACGUAUAUGCAUAGUGAAGGUAUCAUGGCAGGCGAAUUGAAGCAUGGUCCUUUAGCACUUGUAGAUGAUUCGAUGCCAGUAAUAAUGAUCGUUAUGAGAGAUCCAGUUUAUAUAAAAUGCAUGAAUGCUCUACAACAAGUUACAGCACGAGAUGGUAAACCAAUUGUCAUCUGCGAAGAAGGAGAUAGUGAAACGAAAAUGUUUGCAGACAAAGUUCUUGAAGUACCUAAGACAGUGGAUUGUCUUCAAGGAAUUCUUACUGUUAUUCCAAUGCAACUUUUAUCUUUCCAUAUCGCAGUUCUUCGUGGAUGUAAUGUUGAUUGUCCAAGAAAUUUAGCAAAAUCGGUCACAGUUGAAUAAAACUUUCUUUAAGAACAUCAGGGACUUAUUUCAAAUAUUGUUAUUGUUAAAUUUUGAAUUUGAAUUACAAAAGAUAACAAUACAGCAAGAACAAUUUUUGAAAUAACAUGAAAUUGUUAUCGAUUACAUUUUGAUAUGUUUCUAAGUACUUAAUAAUUAUUAUAUAUCGUAUUAAAGUACGAAUGAGAUAAA